UCUGUGUGGGGCGUCGCGUCUCUACCUACCAGGAAUGGACUGACUUUCUGGCUCCACGAACCCGCUGCCAAAUCCGCUCUGAUUCCCCAGCGCUGCUCGGUUCAAGGGAUAAACGCUGAGAGUUUGACUCAAGCCGGGGAACGUUUUUCUUUCGCCUUCAAGUUGAUUUUUCCGUCUUAGCGCCAACACUGAUUUUUAUCUCCACCGCACUCGCUCUGCUACUAACAGCCGCUUCAACUUAAACGAACCCGCAGACAUUUUGUUAUCUCUCAGCCGCUUUAUUUCUCCACUUUCUCCCACAUCGCUGUGGUCGCAGCGGACUGGGAAAAGAGAGAAAAAGCUGUAAAGGGCCAACGGAAGGCGACAGAAGAACGAUUCCGCUCCGUGUCCGCUAGACGCGUCCGAGCGCCGCUGUGUCUCAUUAAUUUACACGCGUCGGGCUCCGCGCCGCUGCCGCUGGUGCGUUGAAGGCGGAAAGCAGCGAUGAAUCAUUUUGACUGACAGCUUUUGAAGAAUUAGCUAGCUUAGCCGGAGAGGAGCAACGGCGCUGGUGGUGGCUUCCUGCCGGCGGACACACUGAAUACGGGGUCGGGACAGGUUCAGCUGAAUGAUAACACACCGACUCUCUGUUCUCGCUAAACUACAUCACUUAUUUUCCGCUUAAUUUUUUAAUUUUCGUGUGGGGGGAAGGGGGGUCCUGUAGCUACCGUUAGCUAGUCACCCUGCUAGCUGGACAGCUCCUGUGCGGUGAGCUAGCUGUGGACAAAGAACCAAGGCAAGGGAAAAUAUAAACACCGGCCACAGUUAACCGUGUUUGGGAAGGAAAGCAACAAACAAGGACCUGACAUGAUGUUUCCACAAUCAAGACACUCAGCCUCAUCGCAGCAGCUGAAAUUCACAACCUCUGACUCCUGUGACAGGAUCAAGGAUGAGUUCCAGUUUCUUCAAGCACAAUACCACAGUUUGAAGCUCGAAUGUGACAAGCUGGCCAGUGAGAAGUCGGAGAUGCAGCGCCAUUAUAUCAUGUACUAUGAGAUGUCCUACGGGCUCAAUAUUGAGAUGCACAAACAGGCUGAGAUAGUGAAGAGAUUGAACGGGAUCUGCGCACAAGUCCUCCCCUACCUGUCUCAGGAGCACCAGCAGCAGGUCCUGGCAGCCAUAGAGAGGGCCAAGCAGGUCACCCCCCCAGAGAUGAACUCCAUCAUAAGGGUACGAUGUUCCAGCCCCCAGCCCUGCCCAGGGGGCCUAAUGAUGCAGCAGCUCCAGGCUCACCAGCUGUCUCAGCUCCAAGGCCUGGCCCUGCCGAUGACCCCCCUGCCACUGGGCCUGAGCCAGCCAACCCUCCCCGCCGUCACCACCUCCUCCGGCCUCUUCUCCCUCUCCUCACUGCUGGCCUCCCAAGCCCAGCUGGCCAAGGAGGAGAAAGCGUCACGUGACGGCGUCGACAGCCACCGCGAGGAGGACGGAGACAAGUCCGACUAGACGGUGUCCCCCCGUUCAGCUCUGCUUUUAUCCAGAGCCCUGAAUCACCAGAUCAGCCCCCUCCGGCCUCCAGCCUCUUCCCCUGGUCUCCCUCUCUCUGACCUUACUUAACAUGGGCUUCAAUCCCAUCACCACAGCUUCAGACCCUGAACCAGUCCCGUUACUGGGAGAGCUUUGACACCUGCCACCUGACCUCCUCAUAUUCACCACACCUUCUAUAUCUGCCUUUUCUUUUUAUCACCACGAGACUGUCUCCUUCUUAUGUAGCUUGUGGCUUUUCUUCAAAUGCUGUCUCUCUUUUUUGUAUGUGAUGAAGCUACAUUUUUCCAGUUUUCUUUUUUUAAUCAGGACUGCUUUCUAUUUCUGUUCCUUCUUGCCUUCCUGUUGCCAUCUCUCGUUUCUUAUUCCUGUUUUUCUCCCUCCAUUCCUGCCUCACUCUCCCCUCCAACCUCUUGCCUCUGUUCUUUGCAGGUCCUUGUUAGGCAGGACUCUGAACGCACCGCUCUGUAGGCGUUAAAACAGGCAAACUGUUCAACACAGGGAUUCUCUGGCAAGCUGUAAACCUUGUCAGACACAACACAGGAUUCCUACAAACUUCAUUUUGUUAAGAUAAAAGGUCUCGCAGAGAUCAGCAGUGUUCGUUGCAUUUCAGAUUGCACGCAUUCAUUCCAAGCUAGAGGUGGGCUGUGUGUUUAAACGGUGGAUUGUUAGCGAUCAGACAAAUGUCUAAAUAAGACACACUAUAAAGUCAGAAAUGUCCCUCCGAACCAAAAAAAAACUCUGCUUUAGGAGUAGAAUUAUCGUGAUGAGAAGACGUCUUUGGAUUUUGUUAUGAUCCUAAAUUUAUAUGGAGAAAGUAAAAGCACCUUCUUAGAUCAAACGUCCUCCUGUCAGCUCAGUUUAAAACAAACCUCGGCGAGCGCUCAUCCCUGAUUUAUGAUCCUUGCCUGACCCUGCAUUGGAUAAAUCCACCCGGUACGUUAACUGAAAGGCAUCAUUAAACAGAGCUGAGGUAGCGCAGUAACGCCCUCCUUCAUCUUUAAUGUGUGCUGGUAGUAGAGCAGACACUGUGGGUGAGGAGCGUGCAUGUUGUGUGUUUGACAGCAGAGGGCAGCGUGAGUCUUUGAAGAAUCCUCGGUUCAGUCUCGAGCAGAAACAAGGACAGGACAGAGUACAGGCUGUGUCACAAGGGGAACGGCUUAUUUAUCCACUCCAAGUGUACAAAACGUAAUAUACAGACGCCAGACUGGUGACAUUAAACUCAGCAUGCAGUCUGUCCCAGUCUCUGCUGUGAGAAACAUCUCCUUUGGUCUACUUUGGUCUUUUAAAUGGUCUCUGAAACAAAAACACGGCCUCUCUGCACAUUUAAAUACUGUACAUUAAGCUUCACUGUGCACUUAUGGGCUUGUCACUUAUUAAUGCUACAGGAAACAGAUGAUUUAACGCCUUCAUACAACACCAAAGGAAGCACAAGUAGAUUUCACAGCUGCUAGAAUAAGUAAAUAAAAGUACUUAUCCUGAAAGUUUCUGCACGCUCACACUGGUGUUGCCAGAUUAGACCUCUAGUUUAAUGGAAAUUGGGAUAAUGUGCACAAGCAGUUUUUACCACCUGAUAGUUUAUGUGAGUGAACAAAUUCUGACCAUAGCAUCUGUGCAGUGUAUUGCCUCCAAAAUCCCAGUGGUUGCAGUGUCCAUUUUAUUGUUAUCUUGUAAGAGCUGAAAACUGAAAAUUAUUUUCUCCUUGCAUCAAAUUUGCAAAACUUUCCCUGGUAGCAGCUUGUCAGGUGCACAUUUUUGAUGGUUUCUUGGACUUGAUUGUGUUUUUCAGCUUCCUGGAGGAGUUUGAAACACAUCUUGAAUGUUAAACUAUAUGUGCAUGUCUGAGACUGUAAUAUGACGAGAAUGCCACAGAAUUGCAAGAAAACCGACAGAAAAGAGCAAUUUCUCUCCUAAAACAGUCUGAUCAGGCAACACAACACUGUGGCUGUAAAGGAGCAGCCAGAAUUAAACAUCUGCUCUCUAGAAGUUCUAACAGGUACCACUUCCAGUUUUAGAAUGUAGAAUCAGCGGAAAUUGAACCUCUGAUGUUGGACCUCAAAAACAAAUACAAACAUAUUGUAUUAUUUGACCAGCUGUAAGUUUGAUGGUGUUUUUUUUCUGAUUGUAGAUUUGAAAAUUCAGUAUCAUACACAAACACACACACGCAUAUAUUUCUUUCCCUCUUCUGUUUUCUAUCUGAAACACAAACUUCUCUCAUUUGCAAAGAAAAAACCCCUCAGAAUAUCAGGCACAUUUGCUCACACAACGUUGGAUUUAUGUGCAAAAUUUGGGGCAUAUGAGGGAACAGCACCCUUCUUGUGUAUGUGAGAGAACACAGGUGUAAACAGCUGUACAGGUGACAAACCAGAUGAAAACACGCUAACCGGCUUGUGAAUUUAGCUGGCGGCACGUCGCCAUCCAUCCAUCCAUCCAUCCAUCCAUCCAUCCAUCCAUCCAUCCAUCCAUCCACCGUAUGUAUCGGCUACACCGUACUCGUAGUGAUAUGCAGAAGACUAAACACAUCGAUGCAUGUCUGCGGGGAGAUCGAGAGGAUUUUUUAAAAAGAAUGUUUGAUCCAAACUUUCUGUGAUUGAUGCACUUGUUUUAUUCAACCACCAACCCCCCUUUUUUUCUUCCUUUUUUUUUUUAAAGAUAUUAAUCGAUAGAAGGACGAUUGCAAAAGCUGACAUUAUAAACAUACAAAUGAAAUUCUAUGUAUUUGUUCCAGUAGUCGGAGGCGCUCGCCUCCCAAUACAGUUCUACAUAGAAAGCUUUAUGUGUAUAUGGCUGCAUCUUCUCUUGUCUGUCCUGGAUGAUUCUUGUGCUAUUGUGUUACAAAAACUGAUGUGACACCGGGGGGGGGCGUAAAACUGCAGUACUUUGACCUUUUUUGCCCCUUUGACCUCCUUUUUUCCUCUUUCCCUCACCCCCCACCCCCUUUAAUCCCGACUUUUUGCCCCCAUAGCGUGAAGCAUUGUAAGCGUUUUGAGCUUUGUAAAGGUCUUUUUUUUAAAUACUUAUUUUGUGUAUAAUGUAAAACCUAAAAAGUGUGUACUUUGGCAAAAAAAAGAAAAAAAAUGUUUUGUGUCUGAAAUCAUAGCUUCAUUUAAACAAACAAAAAAAGAACCUAUAAAAAAGUACAACAAACAUUUACUAUAAAUAAUAUGAAAUGUUCUGCAGUAAGGAAGGACUUCUGGUGCCUUACAAAUAAAGUCAAUCAAAUCAUGACAAACUUCA